GCGUUGAUGUUAGAAAAUACUCGAAGCGUAUCUCAAACCAGCCUGAAUCGGAAUCGGAAUUGAUGUAUGAGAACCAGGAAGUUUAAGACAUUAAACGUGUUUUAGUCAGUCGUUUCAUUCUAAUUAUACAAUGGCCGACAGAAGAGAAUCCGACGAACCUCUACUGUGUGCAGAUUACCCCGCUAAUCCGCCGCAUGUUCCCCUUACCAGGACAACUAGCCCAAACCAACAUAAUGUGCUGUACGAAACACAGAGGACAGCAGUUAAUCAGCAACCCUGGCACGAAUGUCACGUGAUUCCAGCUCGACCUGAAGAUUACACUGUAGCAGCUGUAUUGGCGUGUAUUUUCUGCUUCACUCCAGUCGGUCUUUUGGCCAUUUUCAACGCUAUGCAGUCCAAGACGAUGGCCAAUAUCGGACAGUACAGGGAGGCAGAACGCCACUCCCGCCUCGCCAAAAGGCUGGCUAUCGCCAGUCUCGCGAUUGGCAUCACACUGCUUUGUAUGUAUGUCGUGGUUAUCGUGCGAGCUGUAAUUGUCAUCGGUGAUGCUGUAAAUAUGGCACAACUCGGUUCUACCCCAAGCAGUGGAUUCUACGGCUAGUGGUUUACUGCGGAUACUACGAUAGCGGUAUAUAGUGACCACUAUCACAGGAACUAAACUCAACCCCUCUUAUUUUGCUGUCGUGUGUUUUGUUUGACAUUCGUUAAACUAUUUUCUUAUCAAUCAAAAUCUUAAACGAUACAUUGACUAUUCUAAACUCAUAGCUUACAUGUCUUGUUUUUUGUAAAUAUUUGUAUUGUUGUCAAUUCCAUACAGACUUAACAAUUCACAUUUCUUUUGUAAAAUAUUCAUUGUGCUUUCGCUCGCCAAACUAUGGCAUUCAUGUUUGUUGUUUUGGUUGUGUCUUUGUUUUUACCUUACUUUUUAGCACGUUUUAAAAUUUCAUUUGGUAUAUCUAAUUUUUGGGUAUGCUUCGAUGUUACCGUAAGAUAAGUUAUAAAACGCGAAUAACUUCCUCUGACAUGAAACUAAUCACUUAACACGCUUUUCUACAUAUGCGUUUAUUGUGUACAUUAUUUUCUAUGCAAGCAUUCCACUAACGAUCUGUUUACAAGUCAAUAAAUAGAAGGUGUGCUCCUGGUCCGUUGUCAUAUAUUUUUACUGCAAUGAGAUACUGUACCGUAGGCUGUCUAUACUGACUUAGCGAUGAACACCUACUCACCUUAUCGUUACACGCUAGCGUGUCAAUAUUUUAAUAGUGUCUUUGUUUGUAAAGUGAUUCAUUCACUUAACAAUUUACAACGCUAUGGUUAUUCCGGAUUACGUUUGACUAAUACAUUACUUUUGACCUAAUUAAUUAGUUACUUUUAGUCAUUAAUAUUGGAAAUCUAGGUGAGCAAAUUUUUCGGGUUCCUUCACGUUUUACAAAGAAUAAAUUCGACUUUCUCAAAUAAA